UGCUGACAUCAGAGGCGCAGCUCCGGGGGAGAAACUCAGCUCCUCUCUGUAGUGUUUGUGGAGACAAGCAGAGAGCAGGCUGAAAAAACUUUCCUCUGGAACACAUUAUAGCCCAGCCUGUAAACACAGCUCCGGACCAUGCACCUGGGAGAAGAGAGGCUCUUUCUGCUUGUAUUUGUGAUUCUUCAGCACUGAGCGCAGUUUCCGGAUACCAGCCCACUGUUUUUGGGGGAAGAUUUGCUCUGCAUCUGUUGGGAUUUUUCCGCUCUUCUUCCUGACGUUUAUCUGUGAUAACUUAACACUCGCCAAAUAAUCCAUCUUCACACAUCCUGCAGCCACAACUACAACAUGGAGACACAGUGAUAACUAGGAUGAAAUCUUCGCUUGCAGAGAGAAUUUGAGCUCUGUGCUCGAGUUCAACAGGGCCACUUCCUGAUGAUGACAGUAAACAUGGAUGACGGUCUCCAAAAUGGACCCGGACAGCACAGGAACUCACAAGAUGACGAGGAGGCGCUUAACUCCAUUAUGAAGGACCUGGCAGCGCUGGGUCGCUGCUACACCCAGCACAACAGCCACAAACCCAAGAACAGAACCUUACUCUACAGACAGGAUUUAAGAGUCAAGCUGGAGCAUGAGAGAGAAAAACGGAUCAUCCCGUUCCAGAGGCCGCUGAAGAUCAAGGAGCUGCUGCAGAAAGUGACCGAGGCCUUUGGCCAGCAGAUGGACAUGUUCUUCUGGGAAAAAGAGUUGCUGCUGCCCCUGAAGACCCAGGAGGACCUGGAUCAGGCGGUGCUGACGUUGAGCUGCACUUCGGGGGCCAAUGGCCUGCUCAGGAUACUGCUAAAGACCCCUAAGAACAACCAUUACCUACAGGUGAACAGCAGGGACAAACAGAGCGAGAUGAGGUCGUCACGGUCGCUCGGAGAUCUGAAGGGCUCCCUGCUCAAGGGCUCAGAGAGGGUGCGCAAACAUUCAACAGGCUCCCUGCACACAGGUCGGACGUCCCCGCCCCCUGGCAGCGUCCCAGAGGAGCAGCAGCAGAUUGCCCGCCAGGGCUCCUACACCAGCAUCCACAGUGAAGGGGAGUUCAUCCCUGAGACCCAGGACCAGAAUAUGAUGGAUCCCUUCGCGAGCGCGGACAACUCACUGUCGAGCAGCUGUCAAUCAAUAGAUCAAGCACUGGACAGUCCUCCUUUUUCGCAGAACAACCGUGACAAUAAUUACCUGAACCUCAACUAUGAAUACAAAGGUCGCCAUGGGAAAGGAGGGACCUUCCCUCGCCAGUUCCAGUUGCCCAAUCGCAGCAAAGAUUAUGGAGACCGUCGCAGGACACUUCCGCGCAGCUUUAUGCCGCAGGAGAACCUGUUUCAGCUGGUUCCCUCCAGUCGCACACGCAGUUAUAAUGGAGACAGCACGCUGCAGUACAGCGACCUGCGAUCACUGGGCCGCACCGCCGACAAAAGCUGCCAGCGUGGUACAGCCAAGUCACCGCGGGCGCCAGUCAACUGGCGGCAAGGAAAGCUCCUGGGCCGCGGAGCGUUCGGGGAGGUCUACCUCUGCUAUGAUGCGGACACAGGCCGGGAGCUGGCCGCCAAGCAGGUGCCCUUUGAUACUGACUGUCAAGAAACCAGCAAGGAGGUGAACGCUCUGGAGUGUGAGAUUCAGCUGCUGAAGAAUCUGCGUCACGAGCGAAUUGUUCAGUACUAUGGUUGUCUUCGGGACCUUGAACAGAAGAAGCUCACCAUUUUUGUGGAGUUUAUGCCUGGGGGAUCAAUAAAGGACCAGCUGAAAGCCUACGGGGCCCUGACAGAGAAGGUGACGCGGAGAUACACCAGGCAAAUCCUCCAAGGAGUCUCCUACCUGCACAGCAACAUGAUUGUACACAGAGACAUCAAAGGUGCUAACAUCCUGAGAGACUCCUCGGGGAACGUGAAGCUGGGAGACUUUGGAGCCAGCAAACGUAUCCAGACCAUCUGCAUGUCGGGCACAGGAAUCAAGUCUGUCACUGGCACCCCCUACUGGAUGAGCCCUGAAGUCAUCAAUGGGGAGGGAUAUGGCCGCAAAGCUGAUGUAUGGAGUGUUGCCUGCACUGUUGUGGAGAUGUUGACCCAGAAACCUCCAUGGGCUGAGUACGAGGCCAUGGCAGCCAUUUUUAAGAUCGCCACCCAGCCUACGAAGCCCAUGCUCCCCGAGGGCGUGUCCGACGCAGGCAGGGACUUCCUGCGGCAGGUUUUUGUGGAGGAGAAGUGGCGGCCCACUGCGGACGGCCUGCUCAGCCACCCGUUCGUCCAGGGCAUCUUCUGAGGCCCGCCGACCCCCCCUCCCCUCCCCUGCCUGCCUGCCUUGCCUGCGAGGCCUCCGCGGCCCCGGCACCUCCCCUCCUCUCCGGCCCUCCCCGUCCCCAGGGCCCCCUCUCCCGUCAUCAGGCUCCAGGGCUCAGCAUCACUCCAGCUUCCUGCCCUGUCAUCUAUCACCAGUGUCUGCCUUGUCAGAACCCCUGCAUCUCUCACCAGCCAGCUCGAGCCGGAUUACUCGGUGAGAGGCUGCUGUCAGACCUCCAGAGUCCUCCGAGGCGCCGCAGCGUGCUGCCUCAGGAGGGGACUGAUGAGAAAGCACUUAGCGGUCUCACACGCUACAGACUGAUGUCCUUUAACAAGAGCAGGAAAAGUGACCCAAGUUAGAGAGCAGUGACGUCUCAAGCUUUCUGGGUCUUUUACACUCACUUACUGCUGCAGAAGGGUGUCUCGGCCCAGCCAGACACUAUGUAAUCGUGACUGACUGGUGACAUUGAUCACAUCUGAAAGUACUGUAAGUUACUCAUCAGCCUACGUUAGCAGUGUGUGAAAUAAAGAUGGUAAAAUAUUUUUAUAUGACGUACAAUAACGCAUACAAAGUCAUCCUAGCCGAUGAGUUUUCUAUCGUCACAUAAAAAAUGUAAACGUAUUUUUGUCAACGCCUUACAAUACGAGUUUGUAAGAAAGAAUGUCUUCUUCUCUCUCUUUUUUUUUUUUUUUUUUACAUCUUAGAGGGUUGCAUUGCCCGACUUUCAUGGCACUCAGAACCCCAUUUAGAAGGAUUGUCAACAUUGCACUUUUGAUAUCAUGCAUUGAAAACAUUUCCAACAUGCAGGAUAAUCAACUGAGGAGAUAUUUUUCUAUUUGAAGCAUUUUUUAUAUCAUUUCCUAAGGAGAUAUUGUGUAGAAGAAGAAGAAGAAAAAAAAAAGAAACCAAACUUUUGCAUCAGUGUGCAAUGUCUAUAAAGCAAUACCAACACUACCUACUGUUGGAGUCUGUGCAACCAUUCCAGCUUCCCAUGCAGUGAGCCUUGAGUCCAUCGGAAAAAAGUGGCCAAAGACGAGUUGCAGAAACUUUAGGCUAAGUUCAUGUGCAGUAUUAGUCAUGUUGGAUUGUCACCUCAGAGCCCUAUAGCCUUUUCUAUGUUACGGCAGCUUCGUGCACAGCAGACUGCACAGACCAAAUCAGAUGCAUUGACGUCACAUUGUGUUAGUAUGAAAAGUUAUGAAAUUAGAUUGAAGUAAGCGUCUCAUUUACAUUUUUGUUGUAACUUCAGUAUGACUCCAGUCACCCCAUGCCUUUACUUUGCUUUCCACACUAUAUGAAUGGAUCUCUUGACAGCACACUCGACUCUGUGAUGUCAUGUGAGAAAACAUCGCCAAAAAGUUGGAAAUACAGAGCUAAAUGCUGUAUUUUUUUUUUUUAAAUAGGGAGAUUGAUGUUGGAGUGUAGUGGCGAGCUGUAAUACAGUGGCACUUAAGGAAUGAUCAAAUCUUUUUUUGACCCUUGUCAGUGCCUUAUCUGAAUCUGCUUGGAAACAAAAAUGUUCACUGCCAAAGCGGAACGCUUCUUAAUAAGGUGAGCAGCUGUUCAGUAGAGAGCACACACAGGAUUAGCUGAAGUUCUUUUUAUAUGUAAGAAAACAAAAAGAUUAUACUGUAAAUACAUAUUGUUCUGCACUUUUGUAUGAAAUUUCUUUACAUUAUAUACAAAUCUAUUUGAUGAAAUAGCUACGUUAUACAGUAGAUUGUACUGUGAUUUAGACAGGAGUAUGUAUGAUUGUCUCUCUGAGAGCUGGUAGGCUGUAUGAAAAGGCUGGGAGGCUUUCGAUUGGGACAGAGUUUGUUUUGUCUUAAUGACAAAGCCUUGAAACAUGAAAUGUAUCAAGUCAUUGAUCUUUUGUACAUUUAACUUAAUAAAUCCAAGGUCUAAGACUA